AUUAUUCUGCCCUUGGCCACCUGAUUACUUAGCGCAUGCGCAGGGGCCUCUCCUUCCUUUCUGCCAUCUCGGGUCGUCAUGGCUCCCGUGAAAAAGAUCGCUACAAAGGGCAGCAAAAAAAAGAAGCAGCUCCUGAAGUUCACCCUGGACUGCACUCAUCCCGUAGAAGAUGGAAUCAUGGAUGCGGCAAACUUUGAGCAGUUCUUGCAUGAUCGCAUCAAAGUGAACGGAAAGGUUGGCAAUCUGGGAGGUGGAGUCGUCACAAUCGAAAGAAGCAAAAGUAAAAUCACAGUGACUUCUGAGGUGCCAUUUUCCAAGAGAUAUUUAAAGUACCUAACCAAGAAAUAUCUCAAGAAGAAUAACUUGCGUGACUGGCUGCGUGUGGUUGCAAACACCAAGGAAAGUUAUGAGUUGAGAUACUUCCAGAUCAAUCAAGACGAGGAAGAGGAGGAGGAUGAAGAUUAAACUCUGGAAGACUUUUGUAUUACCUGAAAUAAAAUUGGAAACAAA